UCAGCCUGUCCCCGGCAGCCGGGCUCGCUCCGCCGUUUUGCUGGUGCCCGCAGCCUGGCGGCAGAGGGGUCCCCGGCCCCCCCAGAUCGGGGGGCAGCUCGGCUAGGGGUCUCUGCAGGAAGGGGCGGAGGCACAGGCGGUGGAGGGGAUCGUGCAGACCCCCCACUCCUUUCCCAGCUGCAGAUGGACCAGUGACUCCAGGAGCAGCCCUGUGCCCCCUCGAACGCCAGCUAACGGGGAUCCGCUCCUUUGCUCCCCACAGAUCUGAGCAGCGGCGAGGGGAGCGUGUGUGCAGCCCGCCCCAGAGGGGAGGUGGUGCUGCGACCUGAUCCCACAGCCCGGUUCUGCCUGCCCACCCCCACUUCCACCAUGCCUCUCCUGUCCCACCUUGGGGCUUCUACCAUCUUCCUCCUCCUGGCCUUGAGCCUCCCGCUGCACCAGGCCAAGGUGGAGGAGGGUCUGGGAGGCCCAUCCCUGGGAGCAUCAUCGCUGGAUGGGGCUAAUGUCAGCACCUUGUGCCAGGAGGCCUCAGAGUGCCAGGAGGGGGUGAUCCUGCCCGUGUGGCUACCCCAGAACCCCUCGGUGGGCGACAAGGUGGCCCGGGCCAUCGUCUACUUUGUGGCGAUGAUCUACAUGUUCCUGGGCAUGUCCAUCAUUGCCGACCGCUUCAUGGCCUCCAUCGAGGUUAUCACCUCGCAGGAGAAGGAGAUCACCGUGAAGAAGGCCAAUGGUGAGACCAGCACCACCACCAUCCGCAUCUGGAACGAGACCGUCUCCAACCUGACGCUCAUGGCGCUGGGCUCCUCGGCGCCUGAGAUCAUGCUCUCCAUCAUUGAGAUCGUGGGCCAUGGCUUCGAGGCAGGCGAGAUGGGGCCCAGCACCAUCGUGGGCAGCGCCGCCUUCAACAUGUUCGUCAUCAUUGCGGUGUGCGUGCAUGUGGUGCCUGAGGGCGAGACGCGCAGGAUCAAGCAUCUGCGCGUCUUCUUUGUCACGGCCGCCUGGAGCAUCUUUGCCUACAUCUGGCUCUACCUCAUCCUGGCCUGCUUCUCCCCCGGUGAGGUGGAGGUGUGGGAAGGCCUGCUCACCUUCCUCUUCUUCCCCAUCUGUGUGGUGCAAGCCUGGCUGGCUGACCGCCGCCUCCUCUUCUACAAGUACGUGCAGAAGAAGUACCGCGCCGACAAGGCCCGGGGCCUGAUCAUUGAGACGGAAGGUGACACAGCCCUCCCCAAGCUGGAGGUGGAGCUGGACAGCACCCAGGCCAAUGGGGUGGGCGAGGCAGGCAAGGACGGGGAUGAGGAGGCCCGCCGUGACAUGGCGCGCACCCUGAGGGACCUGCGGCAGAAGCACCCAGAGAAGGACAUGGAGCAGCUGAUUGAGAUGGCCAACUACCAUGUGCUGGUGCAGCAGCAAAAGAGCCGGGCCUUCUACCGCAUCCAGGCUACCCGCAUGAUGAUCGGAGCAGGCAACAUCCUGAAAAAGCAUGCGGCCGACCAGGCGCGCAAGGCGCUGAGUCUGCCGGAAGUGCGCCCUGAGGAUGACGACUCACUCACCAGGGUGACUUUCGAGCCAGCGCUCUACCAGUGCUUUGAGAACUGUGGCGCCGUGGUGCUGACGGUGGAGCGGCGCGGUGGCAACAUAGCUCGCACGGCCGUGCGUGUGGAUUUCCGCACUGAGGACGGCACAGCCAAUGCUGGCUCGGACUAUGAGUAUGCCGAGGGCACGCUGCUCUUUAAGCCGGGCGAGACACAGCGUGAGAUCCGCGUGGGCAUCAUUGACGAUGACAUCUUUGAGGAGGACGAGUACUUCCGUGUGCACCUCAGCAACGUGCGGGCCGCCUGGGCUGAGCCGGGGGCUGAGCCGCCCCCCAAGGCCUGCCUGGGCCCUGCCACUACUGCCACCGUCACCAUCUUCGAUGACGAUCAUGCCGGCAUCUUCACCUUUGAGGGCGCCUCAGUGCGGGUCAGCGAGAGUGUGGGGGCCGUGCGGGUGCGGGUGCUGCGCACCUCAGGGGCCCGGGGCCGGGUGGCCCUGCCCUACCGCACCAUGGAGGGUACCGCAAAGGCUGGUGAGGACUACGAGGAGGCCGAGGGCAAGGUGGAGUUCCUCAACGACGAGAUCACGAAAUUCAUCGAGAUUAAAAUAAUCGAUGACGAGGAAUAUGAGAAAAACAAGAAUUUCCACCUGGAGCUGGGGCCCCCUGAACUGCUGGAGAUGGGGCUGCGGCAUGGUGAUUCUAAUGAGAACCGCCCCACUGAGGGGCAGGAGGGGGCCACCAUCGCCAAGAUGGGGUGUCCCAGCCUGGGGGAACACCCCAAACUUGAGGUGGUGAUUGAGGAGUCCUACGAGUUCAAGAGUACUGUGGACAAACUGAUCAAGAAAACAAACUUGGCGCUGGUUGUGGGGAGCAGCAGCUGGAGGGAGCAAUUCGUCAGUGCCGUGACGGUCAGCGCUGGGAACGAGGACGAGGACGAGACGGGCGAGGAGCGGCUCCCGUCCUGCUUCGACUACAUCAUGCACUUCCUGACAGUGUUCUGGAAGGUUCUCUUCGCCUUUGUGCCCCCCACUGAGUACUGGGGGGGCUGGGCCUGCUUCCUUGUCUCCAUCGCGCUCAUUGGGGUGCUCACUGCACUCACUGGCGACCUGGCCUCCCACUUUGGUUGCACCGUCGGCCUCAAGGACUCAGUCACUGCUGUGGUCUUCGUGGCCCUUGGCACCUCCGUGCCUGACACCUUUGCCAGUCGGGCAGCGGCAAUCCAGGACCAAUACGCGGAUGCCUCCAUCGGCAAUGUGACGGGCAGUAACGCAGUCAACGUCUUCCUGGGCCUAGGGGUGGCCUGGACCAUUGCGGCCGGGUACUGGGCAAGCCAGGGCCAGCGCUUUAUGGUGGCUCCGGGCACGCUGGCCUUCUCCGUCACGCUUUUCACUAUCUUUGCCCUGCUGAGCAUCGCUGUACUGCUGUACCGGCGGCGCGCGCCUGUGGGGGGCGAGCUGGGGGGUCCCCACACCCCCAAAAUCCUCACGGCCCUGCUCUUCUUCUGUUUCUGGCUCCUCUACAUCCUGCUGGCUGCUCUGGAGGCUUACUGCCACAUCCAGGGCUUCUGAGGGGUGUGGGGGUGAGAGACAGACCCCCAUUCUCUGGCUGGUGGGAACCCCCCCAGCCUGAGCUCUGGGUGGGGAGAACUGUCCUGCCCCAGUCCCUGGGAGGCGAGGCCUCUGGCUGGGGGUGGGAAGCACUGAACAGCUCUAGGGAAAGCUCCUCACAGUGCCUGGGAGGCUAUGCCCCCAGCUCAGUGCUCCAUGGGGGGGGAGCGGGAGGAGAACACAACAGGUGCUGCAGGAGCAAAGGACAUUCCAACCUCCCCCAUCGCCUGCCCCCCUCAAACUGGGGAAGCCUCCCACACUGCAGAGUCCCCUUCCCACACCCUGGGCACCCCUCCAGCUCGGGGGAAACCCCCAGCCCCCAACUCAGUUCAAAAGGGGACAAAGGACAUUCCAAGUGUAGACUGCCCCCCCCCAGUGCACUUUGGAUUUAGCCGGGGGCAAAGGUCAUUCCAUUCACCCCCACCCCCGAGAGCCCUUCCUGCCCCAAGUCCCUCCCACCUGCAAUCUCCCUACUUGUGCCAUGGGAUAGCAAGGAUUCAGGAGGGGGUAACCCUGCCUGCAGGUGGCAGGAUAGUUGGGGGGGGGGACAGGGAGGUUGUUAGCAGGGGCUGGUAGGGAAUGUGGCAUCUGGCACAUAGCAGCAGCCCCACCCACAGGGCUGCAAGAUCAGCACACAAAUGGGGGGGGCGUGGCAGGCAGGGACUGGGAGGAUCAGUCUCUCUCUCAUGCACUUUGUUUUUAAACCUCCCUGCUCCCAAGCACAGGGACCCUUGUGUCCCCCACCCCAAAACACCAUUAUUAAUGAACUCUCACUAGGACAAGGGGGAAGAGACCCCCCCCCAUGGGGUCUCAGUGGGGGAAUAGGCUCCAAAUUCAAUAUUGGGGUCACCCCCAUUGCCCGCCAAAACAGCACAAAGUCUUGCUAACGAAAAUAGCAACAAAUUGGGGUCCAUUCGCCCCUGUCCAUUCCGUCGCCUACAGAAUCCAGAUUUCUAUUCUUUUGAUUUUAUUUUAUUUAAAAAGAUAGAAAAGAAUAUUUUAUUUUGUAUUUAAGAACAACAACAGAGCCCCACUCUCCAGCUUCCCCCCCCAGAGAACUGGGCUGUGGGGCUAACUGAUGCAGCCAUACCCCUCGUCCCAUGCAUGGUGUCCCAUCCUGGCAUCUGUUGGUCGUUAGCAUCUGUGAGUCAAUAUAUGUGUUUGCACUUGUCCAUCUGUCUGUCCGUGUCUGCCUGUUGCUGGCUGGUUAAACCCACAAUGUUUCCUGCCCCUAGUAGUUCCCCCUUCCCUGUCACACUCCCAUUGCCUGCAUCUUUCAUUUGUUAA